GGGCUUAGAGCAGGUGUGGAACCAGCACUUUGAGCUGUUGUUCCGCACUCUCCCAAACGUCUGGUACUUCGGUCCCAUUCAGAAGACACCCACAGGCUGGUCGGUCUUCAAGGACAUGGCCAAAGUGCGAUUUUCGUGCCAGCGGUGCUCUCAUGGUUGGACCAGCAUGUAUGGCCUCGUGGUGUUCUACUACCGCUGGGACGCCUUCCUGAACCAAGGCCACGUCCGCUUCAUCUUGACCGGCCAGAAGUGCAACCAGUGUGAGCGCAGCGCCUUCGAGACUCCCAUGUGGUACCCGGAGGAGGCGCAGAAGGUGAUGACCAACCUGUAUCACGAGGUGGCCAACCGUGUGUAUGGCCUGCAGACACCACCCCUAAUUCGUGACCGGCGCCACGGGAGGCCCCGGCAGCAACACAACUCCAGCAUGUGCGAGGGCUGCCACCAAGGUAUCUGCAAGGCGCCCAGGAACACUGUGCCCUCUGCCUCUAGCUGAGAACGAGUGGCAGCCACAAAUCCGGGAUUUUCCUCGCGGUGUAAACGGUGCACUAGGGGAGUCAGGGUCAGAGAACCCUUGUAUCUUGUUACAUAUAUGAAUGAUGAAUAUUUCAUUCGAAACAAGAUAAAUGUGUAUUUUGAUCAAACUAAGGAAAAACCAUUGUCUAAACAAAUAUGUUUAUUGUACUUAAAGAAAUUUGCGAAUAUCUAAACGCAGAUAUCAUAUAGAUAUUCAUUUACGCAAAAUAGUGUGAAAUACCAUACAACAAUAUGUUACUUUUAUUGGUAAAGAAUUCUUGAACAUCAUUGACUGCAAAAUAGUAAAGAUAUCCUGCAGUUCUUGAAGUAAACUGCGGAACAGAUUAAACAGAGGCAGUAAAUUAACACUGGAGUUAGGGGAACCAUAUUAGUGACUAUGAAAAAGAUUCUUCGUUUCGGUUAAUCAAAAAGAAUCGUUUAAUGACCCAUGCCCUUUUAAAGACCGCACAAGAAAUUAUACACCAUGGACCUCUUUCAUAUGAAAAAGGGUGUUUUGUACUACACUGUAUAAAUAUAUUAGAGAA